CGGGUUUUGGUGCGAGUUUCCAUGUUUAUGAACGAUUAUGCACCUUGCAUCGAAUUAUCUUUACCCUUGUCUCGUGUGCAGCUAGUUGUGCAAUCGACGGAGAAGGAUUCCGCUGGUAUAAGAGGGAGCAACUUAUCUCGUGCCCCUCAUUGUGUCAUAACUCGCAAGGCGGAGCAGAUGAUCGGCAUGGCUGUGCGAUAACAACAUUGCCAACAAUGUGCAGCAACUCUCACUCUUACCUUUCUAGUUGCUGAGCUCUCCUCGUCUCAUCCCUUACACUGAACAAUCACCUCUGACAAAGAAGACAAAAUGACGGAAGCCAACAAAAAAGUCUUCCUUAUUGGUCCCGGAUAUAUUGGCCUCGAAGUCCUGGAUCGACUACUGGAGAAAGAAUACGAUGUCACAACAUUGGUCCGUCGUGAAGAGGCCGCCGAAGAGCUGAAGCAAGAGAACGUCAAGGUGGUGAUGGGCACAAUCGACGACUCUGAGCUCAUCACCAAGCAAACCGCAGCCAGCGACAUCGUAAUCCACACAGCGACGGCCGACCACCUACCCUCUGUUCAAGCCGUGAUCAAGGGCAUUGAGCAACGAGCCGAGGAAGACAAACAUACCUACUACAUUCAUACCAGCGGUUGCAGCUUCUUGAGCGAUGACUCGCAUGGCGAAGAUGGGAGCGACACAAUCUACAAGGAUACCGACCCUGCAGCUCUUGACGCACGACCAGAGACGUCCUCCCAUCGCGAAAUCGAUCUCGCCAUCCUCGAUGCACGGAAUAGACUUGGAUUGAAGGCGAAGCUCUUCAUCAUGCUUCCUCCUUUGAUCUAUGGCGCUUCGACACAUGGAAAACUGUCGAUACAAGUCAUGACCAUGGCCCGUUUCGCCCUCAAGCACAAAUACGCCGGAUAUGUAGGAGGCGGCAAGGGCAUCUGGGGUCUUGUCCAUGUCAAAGACCUCUCGUAUGGAUACGCGACGAUACUUCAAUGGCUAGAAGCUUCCCCGGACGAAGUUUCGUUGGAGAAUCCAUACUUCUUCUGCGAAAAUGGCGAGGAAGCCACAUGGGCAGAGUGUGCAGCAUUCAUCGGCAAGGAGCUCAAAGCUGCUGGGAAGAUUGAGGAUGAAGCACCGAGGCAAAUACCAGAAGAGCAGUAUGGAGAUUUGUUUGGCAAGUACAGUGAUGUUGUCAUAGCGUCGAAUGCGAGGAACAGAGCGGAGCGAUUGAGACAGUUGGGUUGGCGCCCAGAGCACACGGACAUCGGUAAGGCGUUUAGAGACGAGGAGUUGCCGGUUUUGCUCAAAGAGACGGGCGAGUUCAGUGGUUAUGGAAAAGCCGCCGCGUCAGGAUCAGGCUGAUACAGUGGAAUUAUUUCGAGAAUUAUUAAUCAGUGUCGCUGC